AUGGAUCGACAGUUGCUGGAGAAAAGACCCGCCAUCUUCGUUGUUGGAUUGCCCAACGUUGGCAAACGAACUCUAAUUUCACGAUUACUAAGUAUGGAUAUUGAGGAUGCUCCUGAUCCAUCACCUGAGUCGCUUGUCCUGGGAUGGACAAUCAACACCAAGUACUAUACAGCGGAUGUUUCGGUAUGGAUGGCCCAUCUUAGUGAUGAGUCAACUAUCUUAAGCUCUCCAAUCGUUGACCGACCAGUUGCUUUGGUGAUGGUUUUUGACCUUACCGAUGUAAGCCUUAACCGAUUUAUUCCCGGCCUUCAAACUGAAAAACCGUCUUUCAUAUUUGUUUACUGGAAUCUCAUUCAAUACUGCCGUGUGCAGCUCUCGUCUCUUACUGCUCUCAAAGAGUGGGUGGCCCACACUGAUAUUCACAAGUUUGACAUACUGCUAUGCAUCGGUAACAAGGUGGAUCUUGUUCCCCAUCAUCCAGCUCAUAUGGAGUACAAGAGGCGCUUGGCGAGGCAAGGAGCAUCCUCCAUUGAUCCUCUUCUGGGCCUUACAGAGUAUGGGAUAUCUGAAACUGAAGGAAGCAGUUUAUUGGGAGAUGAAGAGCCAAAUUUGGAACUAACUAGGUCUUGCUUAGAAUUGUGUCUCGACCAUAAUGUUGAAUAUGUUGAAACUUGUGCAACCAGUGCUGAAUUUGACAAGUGUCUCUCUGUAGAAGGGGAUUUACAGGGUAUCGAGAAACUCUAUAGGGUGCUCUCUGCCCAUAUAUGGCCUGGAAUGUUGUUGAAAUCUGGUGAUAGAAUAAAUGAACCUUCACUACCCGAUCAAGAAGAGUUGUCCGACGAAGAAUCUGAUGAUUAUCAACCUGAGUACGAGAAAUUAUCCUCUGGUUCAGCAGAACCCUGGGACAGCGUGGGAUGGAUUUCUGCUGAUGGUCCUGCUUCGACCUCAGGAAACUUAGAUAGAGAGAGUGAAGUUAAAUUGAUAGGAAAAGAAAACAAGCUGUCAACAUCCGUUUCAAAAUUUCCAGAAGAGAUUGACUGUGACCUGGUCCACGAAGCUGAAAUAAGGUCAGAGGUGGAUGAGGAAGAUAAAACUUAUGAUUUUGAGAAUUUGGAGAAGCUGAUGGCGGAGAUUGGUAACAUGCGCAAUGGCCUGAAAUUGAUGCCCGAUUUCCAGAGGAGGGAAAUGGCUGCAAAGCUGGCAAUGAAGAUGGCUGCAAUGUUUGGGGACAGCAGUGAAGAGGAUUUUGUAAAUCCCCUGAACCAGUGCACCACCCUCAUAGGCCUGGACACCACCUCCAUCAUCAACAACAAAACCGACAACACGCCACCACAACUUAAUGUAUUCUGUGGACUUAAAAGUUAUUUAUGCACCUACUCAGAAACAAACAGUAUGCUAGAGGCAGAAAUGUCCAAUCUUCGGCAUUCUUUAAUAGAACCUGCAGUCAUAAGAAAUCUUACUAAGAACACGUUUAGGAGAUCAGCUUCUAGUCUUCCCGUCGAAUGGGAGCCCCAACUGAAGUCUUUAUGA